GGAAACGUAAACAUUAGGUCAUCCGGAAAGCUUUUUGCGUUCGCCGCUCGGGGCCUUAUAUCGUUCUGCUUAAGUAAACAAACCACCAAAUCACUCUACCGUCAAUCGUGUGGCCACGAGUUAUCCUCUGGUAAGGCAAGAAAACAGUUCUCCACGUUAGUAGAAAAUGUAUCGAGUGUUUUUUGCGUGGUGAAAGAUGGAAGACCAAAAGAUACAUUUUCGCCACGUUAUGUUUCACUGCUUUAAAAAAGAUAGUACGCUUAAAAACACUGCAAAGGAGAUUUGUGACGUUUAUGGCGAUCGGUCUAUAACUGUUCAAACAGUUCGGAAUUGCUUUAGGAGCUUUAGAGCCGGAAAUUUUAAUCUGAAAGACGAAGAUCGCAGCGGUCGUCCAUCCACCACCGAUACUGACCUUAUCAAGGCCUACCUCGAUGAAAACCCAAGGUCUAGUUUUCGUGAGAUAGCAGAUGUUUUAAACAUCCCGCGAACAACGAUUCAUGAACAUUUGACAAAGCUUGGGUACGUUAAUCGUUACGAAGUGUGGGUCGCCCAUCAACUGACGGAGAGCAAUCUCCUGAAUCGAAUCUUGACAUGCGAUUUGCUAAUUCAACGCAACAAAAGAGAGCCAUUUUUAAAAAAGUUAAUUACUGGGGAUGAAAGUCUUGGUCGAGUUGAGAUAAGUGUCCUCUAACGGUAGCAAGACCUGGACUUCACCCGAAGAAGGUGCUGCUUUCAAUUUGGUGGGACUGGAAGGGUAUCCUCUACUACGAAUUACUUUCGGAAGGGCAAACGAUCAACAGUGAAAAAUAUUGCACCCAACUUGAAAAACUUGAGGAAGUCAUUAUCACAAAACGUCCUGAAGUGGUGAACAAACGUGGCGUGGUGUUCCACCACGAUAACGCGAGGCCACAUGUUUCUUUAGCGGUGCGAAUGAAACUUCUAGAGUUUGAUUGGGGUGUUUUACCACAUCCUCCAUACUCUCCAGACCUUGCUCCAUUGGACUAUUAUUUGUUCCUUUCUUCGCAAUAGAAAAUUCAAAUCAGUAAACGAAAUGGAAAACGGGCUCGAAGAAUAUUUUAAAAGUAAGCCAAGAGAAUUUUGGAAAAAUGGCAUUAUGAGGCUCCCGGAGAGAUGGCAAAAGGUGGUAGAAGGGAAAGGAUCAUACAUUAUUUUAAGAAAAGUACCGAGAAGGAAAUAUAUUUUAUACUCGCCUCCUAUUUAAAAAACGAAAAGAACUUAAUAAACCUAAUAAAAAGGGAAAAUGCAGAGUUUAAUAAAUUCUUUGAUUUGUAUCAAUUCUUCAUAAUCAUAACUGAAAUACGAAUGAACUACGACGUAAAUAAAAUAAAUUUCAUAUAUUAUUCUUAUUUCUAAGCUGCAUUUACAUGUUAUUAUGCUACUAAAUUAUAUAAACAGCCUUCCUUUUAAGUAAAUUUUAUUAUCCUAUAGGCGAUAAAAUAGUAUAAGUAAACCAUUAGUCAGACUCCGGGCAGUAAAACGCAACAGAAUCGUCUCUCCUAAUCGAAUAUCAGCGCAAUUAAAUUACGCAAUAAAACAGCCAUACUAAACCCAAAUGAAACACCGAGUAAACGAAAGCAAGUUACUCAAACGGCGGGUAAUACCUCGGCAAACAAUUGCGAAUAAAUUUCUCAACUCAAGAUGGUUCCUCGGCGGAAUCCUCGUGCGAACUUCAGCAGAGAUUCACGAAACGUUUCCACGAGGAAACACGGAGGAAUAAUUCUACAGAGGUAGGGUGAGACACAUCCUGUCUACAGACGUUCUCGUAUCGACAAUACUAAGGGACGAGGGAAAGAUUUAGGGCGACUGAGAGGAAGACGGUCGAGUAUAGUGAUUCGAUUAACGUCGUGUAAACUUGAUCUACUUUACGUACAGCUAACUCGUUCUUUGAGCCCGUGUCAGGAUUGCAAGAUUGCAACCCACGGUUACACGUACAUCCUCCUUAUAAUAUAUUCACGAGCGUAGACCGGCGAACCACGCAUUUUCAUAACGGCACACGUACGCAACAUCAGGCGGCUUGUGACACGCUUGAAACGAUAGAGCGUGAGAUAGUCGAGGCUGGAUUAGCGACUAAACUGCCACCCACCUUGCUGGAUCAUUCCAGUCACGAACCUGACACCUGAUGAAGUUCCGAAGUUUUAUGACCUUAAUAACUAGUUACAGGGCAAAUUCAAGGACAGCUUGUCGAAAGGGCAGAUUCCAGUUACUUGUUAGACUCACUUGUUGAGCAUUGAUUUACCAUUUCUUCCAUUGGCUGGCACAAUUGUUAGAAGCUAAUCGAGUGGAACGAUAUAACAUGAAAAUAUAAUAUCAAAAUAAUCAUUGUUAUUAGGUGAACACAUGACGCUUUUAUCAAUUGAUAUAUCACUAAAUCAUACGUUAUAGAAAAAAAUGUU